UACUGUAUGCCUAAUACUGGCGGAGUAUUUGCCGAUUUUAAACUAAAUUAAGUUUUGAAAAAAGAGGCCACCAAUAUAGCGAUUUUGAAUUACACUCCCUAAAGAAGCAAAACCUGUUGAAGAAUUGCCAUGGAAUAGUAAAGCGGAUGAAAACUUCAAUAAAUACUUUUAACAUCUGGAUACUUGCGCGAGGAGAUGUUUACUGAUUUCCUGUCAGGAAUUAUGUGAAUAUGUCCAAGGUGUAAUUUUGGUCAUAGAAGAUAAUCUUUUCAAAAGCAAACCUGAACUGAGGAUGAACUGCAGCGGGAGAGGGCGUACGUUGUUAUCCGUUCUUCUGUUGAUGGAAAUACGUACAUUGAUAGGAGUACCUGUAUCAGUGUUUCAGUUUGUGAAGAGCCCUGCCAACAUUACCUCGUCCCUGGGUAAGCCAGUGCAGGUGCUGUGUACUCUGCAGGGAGAGGGGGGUGGAGAAGAGCCUCCAGAUGUUGUGUGGUUGAGAGACGGUCAGUCCUUGGACUAUGCUGACACCAAUCAAGUUCAUGUGCCUGUUGCUGAAGGAAGUUGGCUGACCAUCAGUGAACUCAGAAUUGAACAUGUUAAGCUGGCGGACAUUGGAAGAUACCAUUGUGUGGCAACAGUGGGGAGGAAAGACUUGAUGUCUCAGGAAGGGCGCAUUCAACUGGAAGGAAUACCCCAUUUCUCAGUGGAGCCCCGUGACAUGACAGUAGUGGCUAAUGUUAACAUCAGCCUGCAGUGUGUGGCCCAUGGCCCUCCAGAACCUGUACGGAUCACCUGGUUGCAGAACGGGGAACCACUCGACACGGUGCCAGACCCAGAGUCCCACUCUCCCUCCACUCUCAACAUCAAAGGCCUCAAUCACACCAGCAGCUUCUCCUGUGAAGCCCACAACAGCAGAGGAGUGGCAACCUCCGCCACUGGGACCAUGACAGUGGUUCCUUCUGAGGCACAGAACAUCCAGGCUGAAGAGGUCACCAUGUCUUCACUGAGAAUCUCCUGGGAGCCUGGCUUUGGGGGGGUCUAUCCCGUCUCUGUAUGCUCUAUACAGACCGCUUCAUCUGUCCCUGACCGCACCGGAGUGCCCAAUCACCUUAUCCAUAAUCAGAACGUCAAUGUGCCACCCGCUGGCCAUCUGAUCCCUAACCUGGAGCCCUACACCUCCUACCACGUGAGGGUGGCUUGCCGGAGCAGCCAAGGGGCUUCCCCUUGGACACCCUGGGUAACACUGCGCACAUCGGAAGGAGUACCCGAGGCAGCCCCAGACGAUGUGACUGGACUGUUCAAUGGAACACAGGUUCUGGUCAGCUGGACCAAGCCUCCAGGCAGAUUAAACGGUCCAAUACUGGGCUACAGGGUGGAAUUCCUUACCCCUAACAUGUCCAAGGCGGUGAUGGAGUCAGUUGAUUCGUCUGAGCUCGCCAUCCCUCUCAGGGGCCUCCAGGACAGUGUGUCGGUGAGUGUGAGUGCCUGCACUGCUGCAGGGUGUGGUCCCUGGAGUCCGGUCCAAACCCUUCAACAGAAACAGCCUGAUUUCGCACCACAUCAGGCAUUUUCCUGGCAUUGGUGGUACGUGGUCAUGGGUAUUGCCGUCAGCCUGGCGUUGAUAGGGUUCAUCGUGGUCUAUGCAGUCGUGUUGCGACGGAGAGACACAUGCUUGGGGAAAACCUUUUACCCAAUGAGGAAUGGCGGAGGGGACUUCGUAGUGCGAUACAACGCCAGACGCGUCUACAAUCGGCAGUCGAACGAAGCCACAUUGAACAGCCUGGUGAUCAGCGAUGAACUGAAGCAGAAGCUGCAGGACGUGAUGGUGGACAGACACAAGUUGACCCUCGGCAAAACCCUUGGAGAGGGGGAGUUUGGCUCCGUCAUGGAGGGGCUACUGGUUCAUGCGGAGACUGUCCUCAACGUGGCCGUGAAGACCAUGAAGAUUUCCAUCUGUACUCGCACUGAGAUGGAGGAUUUCCUCAGGGAGGCCGCAUGUAUGAAGGAGUUCGACCACCCAAACGUCAUGAGACUUGUUGGGGUGUGCCUGCAUACGGUAGAGAGGGGAGACUUUCCAUCCCCUGUGGUCAUCCUGCCCUAUAUGAAGCACGGCGAUCUGCACAGUUUCCUGCUCUACUCGCGCCUCGGGGACAGUCCUUUGUCGCUGCCGUCGAAGAUGUUAGUGAAGUUCAUGACGGACAUUGCACGGGGGAUGGAAUACCUGAGCGACAAGAGGUUCAUUCAUAGAGACCUGGCAGCGCGGAACUGCAUGUUGAAUGAGAACAUGACCGUGUGUGUGGCCGAUUUCGGCCUGUCCAAGAAGAUCUACAACGGAGACUACUACAGACAAGGGCGCAUUUCUAAGAUGCCAGUGAAAUGGAUCGCCAUCGAGAGCCUGGCAGACAGAGUGUACACCACCAAGAGCGACGUGUGGUCAUUUGGAGUGACGAUGUGGGAGAUAGCCACUCGGGGCCAGACGCCAUACCCCGGGGUGGAAAACAGCGAGAUCUACGACUACCUGAGACAGGGCAACCGCCUCAAACAGCCUCCUGGCUGCCUGGAUACCAUCUACUCCCUGAUGUUCUCCUGCUGGCUGCUGAGUCCCAAGGACCGACCAGGGUUCCCCUCGCUGCGCUGCGACCUGGAAAAAGCCCUGGAGGAGAUGCCCGAGCAGGAGCCAGACGACCUGCUCUACGUCAACAUGGAGGAGACGUCCGGCUCUCUGCUGGGGGCAGUGGGGGGCUGGGAGCCCUUCGGACGGCCUCACCCGUCUUACCGGAAACCCAUCGGUCCACUGGAGACCAUCCAGGUGCACUUCCAUGACCACCACGCCGAGCGCUAUGUGCUCUGUCCUCAGCGUGAGUCCCUGCCCCCUCUCAAUGACUCUAUGGACAGCCUGGGCUGGAUCACCUCGCCACCCAGCCCCUCACUGCAGCUCCCAGCCUCCCGCUCCUCCUCUGCCACCUCCUCACUCCUGCUGGACCCAAGGGAUGACAGGGAGGGAGAAGGAUGGGACGAGAGGAUAUUCAAGCCGUGAGGCUUGAGGAAGGCACAUAGGGAGAAACAGGAGUUGUGAACAAGUGGAUUCUCACUGCGACGACGCCGACUGAUUCUCACUGCGACUGAUUCUCACUGCGACGACGCCGACUGAUUCUCACUGCGACUGAUACUCACUGCGACGACGCCGACUGAUUCUCACUGCGACGACGCCGACUGAUACUCACUGCGACGACGCCGACUGAUACUCACUGCGACGACGCCGACUGAUACUCACUGCGACGACGCCGACUGAUACUCACUGCGACGACGCCGACUGAUACUCACUGCGACGACGCCGACUGAUACUCACUGCGACGACGCCGACUGAUACUCACUGCGACGACGCCGACUGAUACUCACUGCGACGACGCCGACUGAUACUCACUGCGACGACGCCGACUGAUUCUCACUGCGACGACGCCGACUGAUUCUCACUGCGACGACGCCGACUGAUUCUCACUGCGACGACGCCGACUGAUUCUCACUGCGACGACGCCGACUGAUUCUCACUGCGACGACGCCGACUGAUACUCACUGCGACGACGCCGACUGAUACUCACUGCGACGACGCCGACUGAUACUCACUGCGACGACGCCGACUGAUACUCACUGCGACGACGCCGACUGAUACUCACUGCGACGACGCCGACUGAUACUCACUGCGACAAUGCACUCAGACGAACGGGAUGAAAACAGGUCAUGGACGUGUGUUACUGUUCGCCAGCCGUACACUUCAGUCAGUUGUGACGGUAAACGAAUCACGGUGAAUGAAUGUUUCUCUUUAGAAUAUGCAUAUUCAAGAAUUAAGUGAAUCAUUAUCUUUAUUUUUAUUAAACCAAUGAAUUAAAACCA